AUGAAUAUCUCACUUCCCGGCCGACACGGGCUAGGAAAGACUCUUACUAACCUUUCUAAAGGCGGACGUCCUUCUCCUAAAACAUGGGCAAACACAAUAUUAGCCAAAGUACCCGCUAAUUCUCGAGGUCAUAUUGUUGCUGCAAUUGGUGAAUUUGCCGGCACAAUUUUCUUCCUCUUCUUCGCAUUUGCGGGGACGCAGGUUGCAAACAUCUCUUCGAAUACAAACACUGGUUCCCAAAUCACGACGACCGUGGAACAGAAAAACCCCGCUCAAUUAUUGUACAUCAGUUUGAGUUUUGGUUUCUCAUUAGCAGUCAAUGCAUGGGUCUUCUUCAGAAUCAGUGGCGGUCUAUUCAACCCAGCCGUCACUUUCGGAAUGUGGCUCAUCGGAUCUAUUACGGUUGCACGAGCAAUUCUUCUGAGCGUUGUCCAAUGUCUCGGUGCCAUCGUUGCGGCAGCUUUAGUCAAAGCUCUGUUCUCCGGUGGUCUGAAUGUUAGCACGACACUCAGCGCUACGACUUCAGUGGUACAGGGUUUCUUUAUUGAGGUGAUCCUCACCGCCCAACUGGUGUUUACAAUCUUCAUGCUUGCGGCAGAGAAGCACGCAGGAACCUUUAUUGCUCCUGUCGGUAUCGGGCUUGCCUUGUUCAUCGCUGAGCUUACCGGCAAGUCACCUCUUGUUCUUUACAGCCUCGAAGACGGAAUGUUAACAGAAAUAGGCGUCUUUUGGACCGGAGGCUCACUCAAUCCAGCACGUUCGCUAGGACCAUCGGUCGUUGUGAAAAGCUUUCCCAGUUAUCACUGGAUAUACUGGAUUGCUCCGUGCGCUGGAUCUCUAUUGGCAGCAGCGUUGUACAAGUUGGUCAAAAGUCUGGAAUACGAAAACAUCACCCCAGAUCCCGAGGCCGACACACUCACACGUGCAGUUGCGCCCGAUGGAUCAAGUUCCGAGCCCCCAAGAAGCGACCCAAUUACCAAUAGCAGCGACCGCUCCGAUGAUACGUACGUGGCCGCGGAGCGGAAGGCCUCCUGA